GAUAAUAUUAUUGCGUUAGGAAACAGUGGUCAGUCAUGUUUCGCUGUUUAAAUUGUUUGCGCAGGACGCAACGCUUUUACUCGUUAAAUGUAUCGAAUUCUGUGUUCGGUCGUGAAUCUUUUAUUCAGCGACACAUCGGACCCAAUGAUUCCGACCAAAAGCUGAUGCUAAAAGAACUGGGAUAUCAGAGUUUAGAAGACUUGAGCGAGGCCGUGAUCCCAGAUAGCGUUUAUCUCCAGAAGACGCCUAAUUUAAAAUCGUCAGUUAUUAUAGAUGAGCAAUCUCUAGCCGCUUUGAUAAAAUCCAUUGCAAGUAAAAAUCAAAAAUGGAGAAGUUUUAUCGGGAUGGGUUACUACAACUGCCAUACGCCUCAUGUCAUCGUGAGAAACAUGCUGGAGAAUCCUGGAUGGUUGACACCUUACACCCCUUACCAAGAGGAAAUCGGUCAAGGUCGACUAGAAAGUCUACUAAAUUUCCAGACAUUGGUUGUCGACCUUACCUGUAUGGACGUAGCCAACGCGUCUCUAUUAGACGAAGCCACGUCGGCGUCCGAAGCGCUGGCGAUGACGUAUCGCCACAACAAACGGAAACGCUGGUUCGUUGCAGACAAUGUACACCCACAGACAUUAUCGGUUAUACAUACUAGAGCCUCUGCCCUUGGCAUCGAUGUCUGCUCUGGUGAUCCGAGCCAAGUGGAAGACUUUAAAGCGUACAGUGGUGUGUUAUUACAGUACCCAGACACAUAUGGUCAUAUAUUGGAUUACGGAGAGAUCGUGCGUAAAGCUCAUGACAAUGAGACUUUAGUCGUGUGUGCCACGGAUUUGUUGUCGCUUACGCUGAUCAAAGCGCCAGGCGAAUACGGAGUGGAUAUUGUGGUGGGAAGUAGUCAACGACUUGGCACCCCGCUCGGAUAUGGAGGACCACACGCUGCAUUUAUCGCAUGCAAGAAACCUUUGAUGCGACUGAUACCGGGAAGGAUGGUCGGUAUUACGAGAGAUGCAGAUGGAGACAAGGCGUACAGAUUAACAUUGCAAACCCGUGAACAACAUAUACGUCGUGAACGGGCAACCAGCAACAUUUGUACUGCACAAGCCCUGCUAGCAAAUGUGGUCGCUAUGUACGCAAUCUACCAUGGUCCCGUAGGACUGAGAAAUAUCGCUCAGAGAGUGCACAACAGUACCGUGAUACUUAAGACAGCGCUUGACAAAAUACCUGGAUGCAGCACGAGCGAUGCCAGUUUUUUCGAUACCUUGCACCUGAAGACAACGAUUCCUCAACUGGAAAUAAUCGACAGGUGUAGAGAAAAAAAGAUCAAUCUGAGGUUUUUCGACGACCAAUCUAUUGGCAUAUCACUGGACGAGACAGUAACAUCCGAAGACAUAGACGACUUGCUGUGGAUUUUUGGAGGCGAAAAUAAUAAAAACAAUAUUAUAUCUAAUGAUGAGAUUUUAGAAAAAAGCGUAAGUAAAACAUUAUUUAAGAGGACGUCACAGUAUUUACAACAUCCAGUAUUUAACAAUCAUCAAUCAGAAACACAAAUUGUUCGAUACAUGAAACAAUUGGAAAAUAAAGAUGUUUCACUUGUUCACUCCAUGAUUCCAUUAGGAUCGUGCACAAUGAAAUUAAAUGCUACCGUCGAGUUGUUACCGCUCUCAGAACCUGGAUUUAUUAACAUUCAUCCAUUUGUGCCACCGGAACAAGUUCCAGGAUAUCACCAAAUCUUACAAGAAUUAGAAUACGAUCUCUGCCAGCUAACUGGUUAUGACAAAAUAUCUUUUCAGCCCAAUAGCGGCUCUCAAGGAGAAUUUGCCGGUCUAUGUGCCAUAAUGAAAUAUCAUCAACACCGUGGGGAAGGAGAUAGAAAAGUGUGUCUAAUUCCUACGUCAGCACAUGGUACUAAUCCAGCAUCAGCGCAAAUGGCUGGAAUGGAUAUUCAGUUGGUGAACGUGUCCAAAGAUGGUUGCAUUGACUUACAUCAUCUCAAAGAUAAGGUUAAUAAAUAUAAAAACCAAUUAUCGUGUAUAAUGAUAACAUAUCCGUCUACUAAUGGAGUAUUUGAAGAAUCUGUUAUGGAAAUUUGUGAAACAAUACAUUCAAAUGGUGGACAAGUUUACUUGGAUGGAGCUAACAUGAAUGCACAAGUUGGAUUAUGUCGACCUGGUGAUAUUGGAGCUGAUGUAUCUCAUUUGAAUUUACAUAAAACAUUCUGUAUACCUCAUGGUGGCGGAGGUCCUGGGAUGGGACCAAUAGUUGUUAAAUCACACUUGGCUCCGUUUUUACCAACUCACCCAAUUAUCCACAACGGUAAUGAAUUAAGUUUGGGUACUGUUAGUGCUGCUCCAUAUGGAUCAGCUUCUAUCAUACCUAUUUCUUGGGCAUAUAUAAAAUUAAUGGGCUCUCAAGGACUCAAGAAAGCAACUCAAGUAGCUAUAUUAAAUGCUAAUUAUAUGAGUAAAAAGUUAAGUUCUCACUACAAAACAUUGUUUGUUGGCACUAAAUGUGGAUUGGUAGCUCAUGAAUUCAUAAUAGACACAAGAGAAUUUAAAAAGACUGCAAAUAUUGAUGCUACAGAUAUUGCUAAGCGAUUAAUUGAUUACGGAUUUCAUGCUCCUACUAUGUCUUGGCCGGUUGCUGGUACAUUGAUGAUAGAACCUACAGAAUCUGAAAGUAAAAUGGAAUUAGAUAGAUUUUGUAAUGCUCUAAUCAGCAUAAGAGAAGAAAUCAGACAAAUAGAGAAUGGCAAAGCUGAUCGGGAACAAAAUGUGUUAAAAUUAGCACCACAUACAUUGAAACAAAUUUGUAGUGACGAAUGGAAUAGACCAUAUUCUAGAAAAUUAGCAGCUUAUCCAAUGGGACACGAGCAAAAAGUUUGGCCAAGUGUUGGUCGCAUUGACAGCAAAUAUGGAGAUCAAAAUGUAGUUUGCAGUUGCCCAUUAGUAUUUUAAACUUUAUAAACACAUCAAUUAUAAUAAAAAAAAAUCAAUAAUUACAGAAUAAAACAUUUAUUUUA